GUCUCCUUUGACCCCGCGUUGUGAGCUGUUGCUGCGGGGUCUUGCUCGUUCGUAGUUGGGGUCAGAGGUUUCGUUCUUGUUCAUAAGGGAGGGGAGCACACUUUGAAUUGAGCUUCAAUUGUAUCGUUUUCCAUUGUAUCUGAACCAUAGUUUCAUUGGAUCUGCAUCAGAAUUAUUCGAGCAUAUAUCCAUCCUCAGUAGAUAUGAGCGGACUCGCAGGAGCAACCAGAGCUGCGGCUCAAGCUAGCCGCGUCGCCAUCGUGACGGGCUCCUCACGAGGAAUAGGCCGCGCCAUCGCCCUCCGCAUCGCCCGCGACGGCUACGACGUCUGCAUAAACGACAUCGCCGCCAACGAGGCCGGCUCCCACGACGUUGCCAAGCAGAUCCGCGACCUUGGACGCCGGGCCGUGGUUGCGACUGCCGACGUGAGGAAGCUGAGUGAGGUGCAGGCCAUGAUUGAUAAGACUGUUGGGGAGCUGGGUCCGUUGAACACCAUGAUCGCGAAUGCAGGCAUUGCACAGGUCAAGCCACUCCUUGACCUCACCGAGGAAGAAUUCGAAAACAUGUUCCGCGUCAACGUCUUUGGCGUGCAGAACUGCUACCAAGCCGCCGCGAAACAAUUGAUCAAGCAAGGCAACUGCAAGCCCGAAACCCCCGGAAAGAUCAUCGGUUGCUCCUCCAUAGUAGGCUUCAAACCCUUCGCCCUCCUAUCCCACUACUCGGCCUCCAAAUGGGCCGUCCGCGGCCUCACGCAGGCCUCGGCCAUGGAAUACGCCGAGCACAACAUCACCGUCAACGCCUACGCGCCCGGCAUCGUCGGCACGGCCAUGUGGGACCUCAUCGACGAGAAGCUGGGCGAGAAGACGGGCGCGAAGAAGGGGGACACGAUUAAAAAGUACACCAACGAGCUGAUUGCGCAGAAGCGGACGAGCGUGCCGGAGGACGUGGCGAAGCUGGUGAGCUUUUUGGCGGGGCCGGAUAGUGAUCAUGUUACGGGGCAGACGCAGAUUGUGGAUGGGGGGAUUAUUUACACUUGAUUUAGUGGCUGUGUGACUGUUGCGUGUAGGAGCUGUGGAAUGUUAUUCUUUGUUCAGAUGUCGGAUGAUGUGUGGGAAAUUCGUUGUCUUGGUGUUCGGGUGAUAAGGCCAUCGUUAGCUAUGCUGUUGGUUUCGGG